ACCAACUGCAUCAGAUAUUUUAUCAAAAUUAAAAAUAUGGUAUGGUAUAAUAAAAUAUGCUCCAAUAGAUAAAGAUGAAUUGGCAAUAUUAAAAGCAUUCCAGUCUGCAGAUACAAUAAUUCCAACAUUAUCAAUUGAAUUGCCAAUUUGCCCUAAAGAUAAACUUACAA